AUGCGAUCUCCGAGACGGUAUGAAUCUUCACAUUUCAAGUCGCUCACUGCCUCAGGCGCAGACAGAUUCACACUCAGUUUAUGCAGAGACACGUCGACUGGCAUGCAAGAUCUAAUAAUAAUAAUAACUAAUACGCAUCGCAGAAAGAAUCGCCUGUUCGAUCAUGACCGCUUCAGGUUCACUCCCGUAGCAACGUCGAAGAAAACAACCCGGCUUUGGGAUCGCAAGCCCACAACGCCCGUCCUACCGCGCUCGAGGACACAGAAGAUCUGGAAGCGACAUCUUGGAUCUACGUCAUUAGAAGGGAGCAAUAUGCAUGACACUUAUACGUUUUCUACGGAGAUAAACUUGGCUGCGACUCUGGCGGCGCUACGUGGCGUGAAGAGACAGCGACUGGCGCAUACCCCAGACUGCGAGCGUGGACGGUCAUUUUUGGAAACAAAAUGGGAAGAGCAGGUUGAAGACAGGAGACGGAAAUACGUUGCGCCAGCGAAGGACGCUGACGAUGCGCGAACAACAGCACCAGCCGGCUGUUUGGCUCGAGAGAGGAGUGAGGACGAGCAUAUGGAGCUGCCUGAUGAAGAGGCGGGCUGUAGCAAUCCCAGAGAAACUCCGCAACUUGAGAAGACGGUAUCAGAGGCCCUUAUGCCGCCAGAGGAGAGAACGAUGCCAGGAGGAAUCAACCAAGACAAACCCGGCACUGCCUACGCAGAGGGAGCUGAAGAGGAGACCUACUUUGAUGCCGUAGCAGAACCUAUGGCAGUUGUUCCGGAGCAAGGAGAUAAACCGCCCCAGGCUGCGCCGAUGCGUAGGAUAGCUAUUCUAGACGGCGAUGAUGCAGAGCUCAUUUCCGAGUUUCUGUCCAAAGCACGGGCUAAGAGAGCUGCUAUCAUGCCGCUUAAAGAAAAUGCUAGAGUCGACUGUGUCCCUGAAUCACCAAUUUCUAGCUCACGGCGUGCCCUAGAAGCCGUAGAUGGCAACUCACCUCGCUCGCAUAGACGGCAUGCGUUUCCGGAAAGGCCUCACCCCCCAGACUUCUACUUUAACAGACGACCACCCCGUAUCGGAUCAUCAAAAGCGGUUGGAACGAGAACCAUUGAAGCAGUAUGGGAGGGACCGGUCAUCCCAAGCUCGCCUAUGGUUGAAGUGACGGUUGAGCAUGGCCGUCAUGCCCCCAAGGUCCCGGAUCAGAUCCCAACGCGCCGUCGAAAGGGCACUGAAUUCGUGUUUAUGCAGCGAACAGACGACCAGCAAACGGCUCUUCUGACCAAGGCCAACACGAGACUGAACAAGGGUAGCAAGCCUCCUCACAAGCUGCUUCCCAUACUCAACAGAGCCAUUGCCGCUCUGGAGGCGGACCCAGAAGACGGUCAACUCCGGCAACGAGACCAGUCAAAGAAGCAGGUCAAAUGGAACGACGAAGCUCUGCUUGAGUACUGUGGAGAGGAGAAAGUCCCCGAAUUCGACUCGGAGGUUUACCAGAAUUCGCAGGCCAUCGAACGGAGCCUGCGUUCAUCGAGUAGACGAAAUACGAACAAGGCAGAGCAGCCGGCUGAUGCCGUGGAAAAGGGCAAACAACAUGAACGCCCAGCUCCGUUCCUACCACCAGCACCAGCGACCCCGUAUCGUUCCACGCCUGUGCCGAGAAAGAUGCGAAAGCUGGUGGGCGCCAAACAUCUGGAUGUCCAUCCGAACGAAGGUGAGAGCCCACCGGUCACCCGCAUCAAUCUGUCUGUGAAGUCCUCGGUAGUGCUCCCAGGCACUCCGCUCCGGCACAAGAAGACGUUCUCGUUGGCGCAGGGCGUUCCGCGCACUCUGUCCCUGAAAUCGGCGAAGGCAACCACGUCAACGACAUCGGGAUCCAGCCUUGCCUACCCAACCGUGUUACUCCGGAAGCAAACGAAAUGA